ACUUUACACGGGGACGACGACUUCUAUCAGGGAAUAGUCGGAGACGACGGUGAGGAGAGCAUGAUCUUCACGUCUCCUAGAAUGAUCAACUGCGUGCACGAACAUGACACCGUCGCCUCCGACCCCACAUUCCGGGUCACCCCCCGCCUUCUCGGUUCCCUCCAGGUCAUGAUUCUGGCUUUCUUCGCCUUUGGCUCGACUUACACUAUCGGCAUGGCCAUCAUGAAGGCGAAAACCAGAAGAAGCUACGCCGCAGUUUUCAACAAGUUCCGUGAAAUGGGCCUGGUCUGUGAGGCAGUUAUCACAGACUGGGAGCAGACCGAGAGGGAUGGGUGGCGGGACGCCUACCCAGGCAUCAAGGUGCUCGGAUGCGUGUGGCACUACAUCAGAGUGAGUACUGCUUGA